CUCCCUCCCUCGCCUCCAGGUCUGGAGCCCUCGGAUCCGUGGGCAGGCACUGCAGGGCUGGAAGACCUCGAAGCCGCUCGCGACGAAGCGCCGCGGAGGAACCUCCCGGCGCUCGGAGCCGGGACACAGGCGAGCCCCUGCGACCUUCCCCUCGGCGCUGGGCCGGCGCAGCGCUGGAGCGUCCGCGGGGGCCCGGGCGCGGCGGACCGACGGCCGGCUGCCCCACGCCGUGUGCCCGGUGCCCCGCGCAGGGGCGGCGGCUACAUGGCCGCGCGGGUCGGCCUGCUGCUCCGCGUCCUGCCGCUGCUGCUGUGGGGCGGCCUGGACGCCCAGCGCGUAGGCCAGGAGCUGCGCCGGGAGGCGGAGGCAUUCCUGGAGAAGUACGGAUAUCUCAGUGACCAGGGCUCCAGUAGACCUUCCUCCCCGCGGUUCAGUAAUGCCAUCAGGGAGUUCCAGUGGGUGUCCCAGCUGCCCAUCAGCGGGGUGCUGGACCCCGCCACCCUGCAUCAGAUGACACGGCCCCGUUGCGGGGUGGCAGAUACUGACAGCCAGAUGCCUUGGACCGAGAGAGUCAGCACCCUCUUUGCUGGACGCCGGGCCAAAAUGAGGCGUAAGAAACGCUUUGCAAGGCAAGGCAACAAGUGGUACAAACGGCAUCUCUCCUACCGCCUGCUGAACUGGCCCCAGCACCUGCCCGAGCCCGCAGUACGGGGGGCCGUGCGUGCCGCCUUCCAGCUGUGGAGCAACGUCUCGGCGCUGGAGUUCUGGGAGGCCCCAGCCACAGGCCCCGCUGACAUCCGCCUCGCCUUCUUCCAAGGGGACCACAACGACGGGCUGAGCAACGCCUUCGAUGGCCCAGGAGGCGCCUUGGCGCACGCCUUCCUGCCCCGCCGCGGGGAAGCGCACUUCGACCGAGACGAGCGCUGGUCCCUGAGCCGCCGGCGCGGCCGCAACCUGUUUGUGGUGCUGGCGCACGAGAUCGGCCACACGCUCGGCCUGACCCACUCGGCCGCGCCGCGCGCGCUCAUGGCGCCCUACUACAAGAGGCUGGGCCGCGACGCGCUGCUCAGCUGGGACGACGUGCUGGCCGUGCAGAGCCUGUAUGGGAAGCCCCAGGGGGGCUCAGUGGCCAUCCAGCUGCCGGGAAAGCUGUUCACUGACUUUGAGGCCUGGGACCCCCUCAGACUCCAGGGAAGGCGUCCAGAAACCCGAGGUCCUAAAUAUUGCCAUUCUUCCUUCGAUGCCAUCACUAUAGACGGACAACAGCGCCUGUACGUUUUUCAAGGGAACCAGUUCUGGGAGGUGACAGCUGACGGCAACGUCUCAGAGCCCCGCCCACUGCGGGAAAGGUGGGCGGGGCUGCCCCCCCACAUCGAGGCUGCCGCCGUGUCAUUGGAGGAUGGAGACUUCUACUUCUUCAAAGGGAGUCGAUGCUGGAGGUUCCGGGGCCGCAAGCCGGUGUGGGGCUCCCCACAGCUGUGCCGGGCAGGGGGCCUGCCCCGCCACCCCGAUGCUGCCUUCUUCUUCCCUCCUCUGCGCCGCCUCGUCCUCUUCAAAGGCACUCGCUACUAUGUGCUGGCCCGAGGAGGGCUGCAGGUGGAGCCCUACUACCCCCGAGGCCUGCGGGACUGGGGCGGUGUCCCCGAGGAGGUCAGUGGCGCCCUGCCCAGGCCCGACGGCUCCAUCAUCUUCUUCAGAGACGACCGCUACUGGCGCCUCGACCAGGCCAAACUCCAGACAACCACCUCAGGCCGCUGGGCCACAGAGCUGCCCUGGAUGGGCUGCUGGCAUGCCAACUCGGGGGGCUCCCUGUUCUAAAGACGCCUCCCACCUCUUAGCGAGUACCUUCAUGGCCAAUGUGUGUCCCCUGCCCCAAGGGCAGACAAGCCUCUGAGCCUCCCCGCAGAAGCCCAGGCAAGAAAGGUAGUCUGCAUUUGUUCCCUGGAGGAUGUGUUUGUGCUGUCAAGACAUUGCAUUCGGGAUCUCAUUUCCCAACCAGGCCUCAAACCCCUUUCCCCCUGCAGGGGAAGCGCGGAGUCUAACCAUUGGACCACCAGGGAAGUUCCUAGACAUUGACCAUUGUGGGAUCAACUCAACGAGACACUAAAAAGGGUCCCAGACCCAAUGGCCCUUUCCCCAGGGACUCAUUCCUCCCCAGGCCUUGGGGAUUUUGUCUCUGCCCCAAAGGUGCAGUUUCUGUCCCCGAGGCCACAGCACUGGACAACUAGGAAGGCUGCCAAACUCAGCAGAGAAGUUGGGACACUUUCCCAGACUGUUCCUUCCCCUCAGGACCUCCUGACUUGGUCCCUAGAGAACUGUGUCUUAUUUAAUCAGAGGCCCUGCCUGCAGGAAGCUUGCUUGUAUGGUUUGGGUACCAGAGUCUCAAACCGCAGGAGAGUCAGGACCCAGAACAAGGAGACCAAUGCAGA